AUGGCUGCCCAACCAGCAAAAGACGAGCCACCAGUGCCCGUGCUUCUCCUCAAGACUCGUUCAACCCCAGGCGACUCAUACCACGACCAUCUCACCGCCGCACAGCUACCCCACGGACGCCGCGCCGCCCCAAUCUUCGUGCCCGUGAUGCGACACCGCUUCGACGACGCCGGCCUCGCCACACUCCGCGACCUGCUCCUGGCGCGCCAAAUCAGCAGCUGCCCCGGCGCCUCCUACGGUGGCCUCAUCUUCACGUCGCAGCGCGCCGUUGAAGCUUUUGCCCACGUCGUGUGCGCCGAGAAGCCUCGCCAGGCGCCCGCAUGGCCGCAUCUUGACGACGUGCCCGUCUACAGCGUCGGCCCGGCCACCACGCGCGCGCUCCGCGCCGUCCCUGCGCCGCUGCAGGUCUCGGGCGAGCACACGGGCAACGGCGAGGCACUGGCGCAGCAUGUGCUCGCGCAUUAUGGCGCGCGGUACCGCGACUGGCCGACGAAGCCGCCGCUGCUGUUCCUGGUCGGCGAGCAGCGACGCGACGUCAUCCCACGGACGCUGAUGGAUCCCGCGCUGCCAGCGGACCGCCGCAUCGAGGUGACGGAGGAGGUUGUGUAUGGCACCGGCAUCAUGGAGUCUUUUGCCGCUGACUUUGGCGCGGAGCUACAGGUCACUGCGGCGGACGUGCGACACGCGCCCGAGGGGCUCCCGGAGCGGUGGGUCGUCGUCUUCUCGCCGACGGGCUGCGACAGCAUGCUGCGCGCGCUGGGGAUGCUGGACGACGCGGGCUGGGCUGUUCCAAGCCGGCGGGAUGGUAAGACGCUCAUCGCCACGAUUGGGCCAACGACGAGGGAUUUUUUAGUCAAUACAUUUGGCUUCUAUCCGGAUGUGUGCGCCGCGGAACCAAGUCCGAAGGGCGUGUUGGAGGGCAUAGCCGAUUUCGAAGCACGAAUAGCAGCAACGUGA